UCCACUUCGUGAAUUGGCAGCAGAACAUAUGCACAAAAAGGUAAAGCUUAUUAAUAUGCCUAAGACUACAAAGACAAGUAAUCCUAUAAUCAUCGGUAAAAUGUACCAUAUUUUUGGAUUUGUAGAACUAAAAAAAAAAGUAUCUUCUAUAUCUAUCAUUUGUGGUGGUACAGCAUUGCUUGAUAUUAACUAA